UGUAUCUCGGUCACGUCGUUUCAGUGCACAGCUUCAGCCUUUAAAAAUUUUUUACCCAUUUUUAACCUUUUUUUUCAUUUUAAUUUUUCAGAUAUGGAUUCAAUAAAAGACUUUCCCAACUUAGAAACAGCCUCCAAAAAAUUACUGCGUUCAUUAGAAACAGCAAAUUACCUCUACACUCAUUUAAAUAAAUUGGAUCAAGCAAAGAAGGCAGCAAGUAAGGACGAGGCUCCCAAAACAGCUGAAAACAAAGAAAAAGAGACUAAAGAACAAGAAGGAACAAAAUCGGAGGAAUCCAAUUUUUCAAUUCAAAAUUCUCCAAAUUUUGAAAAACAAGUAAAAAUGGUGGAUGAAUUACGUUCACUAUGGGGGCAAUUAAGUGAUUGUUUAACUCAAUUAGAGAAAAUGCCAGACUCACAUCAUGCUAUUCUUGCUCUUCAAAAUGCCGCCGAAGCAUUCUUUCUCUGUUAUUCAAUGUUCUUUCCUCAAUCACCAAAAUCAACUUCUACAAAAGAACAAACAACAACUUCUACUGUUGAUAAUUUACAAAGUUUAACUCAGCCACAAUCUACUUCAAUUAAUUCGCCUGAUUCGCAACCAUCAUCGACAGUUAAUUUAAAUGAUGCUAAUUCUUAUCAAAAGGAAAUGUUUGCGUUUGCAGGUUUUUUAUUUACCAAAAAAAUUUUUUUUCAAUGUUUUUGAUAUUUUGUGAUUUGAGGUCAUUCUUUUCUGUUUUAAGUAAAUUUUUUAAGUUUCUUUUAAUUUAGGUCAGGCCUGGAACAUAGGGGGAAUCCCUCUUUCUGGAAUGUGAAAAAAUUAAAAAACUUCAGAGCAAAAAUUAAGGGAAGUGUGGGUAAAAAGAAAAUAAAUUUGGAAUUUCUUCCAAAAUUCGUUGCUGAAAAUAUUUUCCUGCUACAGCUCUACCAAAAAAAUGGUUACGGGUCCGAUUUCGGUAGUAGAAUUUUACUUUUUUAUUUCAUUUUU